GCACGUGCCCUUUCUGUUUUCUCUGGUGCAAUGUAUAUGUGUAUAUAUGUGUGUGUGUAUCUCUCUUGGCUUACGAGUUGAGAUAAUAUUCUGAAUUUUCUAUCAAAUAAAACUUUCUCUCUCUUGGAAAAGUUAACAUGGUAUCAGAGCUUGAAGAUGAUCGGAAAAUCCAUCUAUGAUCUUCAUUUUUUUUCCGAUUCCUAACCAUCUCUAGAAUCGUUUCAUCAUCAUGAUCAUUCAGGUUCAUUUCUCUCUUCAAAUUUGAUCUCCUUCCUUAUUCUGUUUCUUUUCUUCACAUAUAUGGCGGCCGAAAAUCCUUCAACACGAGCUUCAAUAGAUAUUCAAAGUGAACUGUACUUACAUCCUACUGAAUCGCCAAGUUUCUUGCUGGCUUCUGAGAAAUUAAACAGCAAAAAUUUUCCACAAUGGAAGCGCUCUGCUGAGAUCGCAUUGAGCGCGAGAAACAAGCUAGGUUUUGUGAAUGGAAGUUCGAAGGCACCGGAAUCUUUAUCUCCUUUGUUUGCCCAGUGGAAUCGAUGUAAUAAUUUGGUGAUCUCUUGGAUAUUACAUUCUGUUGAAUCGGGAAUUGCAAAUAGCGUAUUAUACUGCGAAACUGCCAGAGAGAUUUGGGACGAUCUUGCUGAACGUUUUGGUCAAACUAAUGCACCUAAGCUCUUCCAACUUCACAAGGAGAUAAUCACACUGGUUCAAGGAUCAGAUUCUAUAUCUGAAUACUUCACUAAGUUGAAGGGCCUUUGGGAUGUGUACCUAAAGAUGAUGACAUUACAACACUGCAGAUGUGAUGGUGCAGGGAGCUACAUGAAGCUUAUCCAGGAUCAACAACUCUUGCAGUUUUUAAUGGAACUUAAUGACAGUUUUAAGACUGCUAGAGGCAAUAUUUUGAUGAUGAAGCCUCUUCCUACCUUGAACCAAGCUUAUAAGCUUAUUACUCAAGAAGAAACUCAGAGAGAUUGCAGUAACUCUGUUCCUAUGGCUGCUAAUUCUAGUGCUUUGGCCUCUAUGCAUCAUACUUCCAGCAUUCCUUCUAAUAAACCAGUGUAUGGAACCACUCCUAGUGAGAGAAAAUCUAAAUUCUUCUGUCAACAUUGCAAGAUCUAUGGCCAUUCUCUUGAUAGGUGUUUCAAGGUGCAUGGAUAUCCCAAGAAUAAUAAGGGGAAUGGCUUAUCAACAGAACACAAUUUAUCUCAAGGAAGGAAGGUUGCUGGGAAUGUCUUUUCUGCAGAUGACAGAGAUAUGCAUGGACACAACAUUCAUUCAAGUCAGGCCUCUUCUUCUGUUGAGUUGCCUAUGACUCUUAUUAACUCUCAGUAUAAUCAGCUUAUUGCUCUUCUUAGCAAAGACAGUUCACAUGACAACGAUGAUGGCAUAGCUCCAGGGUUUCUCUCUACUCAUCUAGCCUCAAGUGCUCAUCUAGCAGGUAAUAGCCAUUGUUUCUUUUCUUCAUAUGAUAAUUCUCAAUGGAUCAUUGACAGUGGAGCCUCAGAUCACAUAAGCCCACAUAUAAGUAAUUUCUCUUCCUAUAAGCCUAUCCUAAACCUUGUUCAAUCACCAUACCAAAUGGUCAAAAGGCCAAUGUUCUACAUGUAGGGACUGUUCAGUUACAAAAUGGAAUUGAACUCUUUGAUGUUCUUCAUGUUCCAGAUUUUCAUUUCAAUCUUCUUUCUGUCCAGAAACUAGUUUCACAUAUGUCCUGUUAAUUAAUAUUUAAUCCUUCCCAUUGUUUGAUCCAGGAUCAUGUGAAGAAAAACACUCUGCUGGUUGGUAAACAGCAUGGGGGGUUGUACUUUGUUCCGCAGAACAGACCCUCAACUUUACAUGUCUCUUUUCAUUCCUCUAAAUCUUGUAUGUCUGAAAGUGACUUGUGGCAUUGUAGACUAGGCCAUUUACCUUACAAUAGAAUAAAGUACAUUGAUCCCAUUCCUUGUACUGUUACUUCUUCAUCCAUUUGUCACAUAUGUCCACAAGCACGUAUGCAUAAACUGCCUUUAAUCUC